CGCCUUGUAGAAAAGUAUAAUCGUGUCCGCUGCAUCCAAGGGGUUUCCACUUCUGUGUUAUGAAUCAUCCUACGUUACUUAGAACUUGGAGAAAUGUAGCUGUCAAAGGAAUAACUGGAAGCAUUGGCAAAAGGUCAUUCUACACAUGGCUUAACUUUGUCUUCAACAGAGUUGAUGAAGAACGAAUUAAAGAAUUUGGAGCUGACAGGGUAGCAGCUGAAUGGAUACUACGUUGUGGAGGAGCUGUCAAAUUUAAGAAUUUUGAAAAAUGGAUUCAGAACUAUAAUGCCAUACCAGAUGGGCCCAAGGGGAAGUUUUUUCUUGAAGCAAUCAGUGCUAAAGGAAUAAGUGUAACCACUGGAGGUCUUCAGCACCUUGAUGGAUUGCAGCAUCUAAGACUUCUGAAUGUUAACAGCUGUGUGUAUGUAACCAACAUGAACAAACUUCUUCCUGUGAAAGAAAGUUUGGAAGAGCUGGACAUUGGGAACUGUGUUGCCAUAUCAGAUAUAUCACCACUCUUUGAACUAAAAAAAUUGAGAAAACUUGUCCUCACUAACACACCAAAGAUUAAACAAAGAGAGGAAACCAUUGCAUCUUUACAGAAGAGACUGCCUGACUGUGUCAUUGAAGAAUAAAUUUUAACAAAUUUAACCCCCAUUUAGCAAUUCAGGGUGUGAAAGAACUGCUGAGAAUGAUAUCAAGAAGUAAGGACAUUAUGAAAGACAUCAAAAGAAAACAAGAAUAAGAAGAGAGAUGUAUUGAAACUCAAAGAAACCUCUCACUUACGGUCAGCCUCUCUCUCCAACCUGGCUGUCACAUGAAUCAAAAGAAGUACACCAAAAAUUGAUAAAUUGGCACAAAGCAAACUUUCCUAAACUUCCUUUAGCACCAACAAACCUAACUUGAAUAGAGAGGCUCUUUUACUCAUUACCACAUUGUAUGACUGUGUAACUGUUAUCACAAAAUAGACACAACUUGUGAUGAAAGUCAGCUUUUAUUCUUGACUAAUAAAAAUACUUUUUUGUUAUGUACAUUUAGAUGAAGCUCCAUCCAAAUAAUUCAUUAUGUUUCCCUUCAAACUUACUAAACACUUAUCCAAAAUUCUUUUCAAUCACAAGUAUGUUAAUGUUCAUACUUCUAAUCUUCAUAUCUAUUAGAUUUGUCCUCAUUUUUAUAGACUUUUAAUGCAUUUUGUUUAAUACUAACCUGGGAGCCCUUAAGAGGCUCUGUGUUCCACUGAGAUUCACUUAUGGAGUGAGUGAAUAAUAAUUAAAAACUAUUAUUAAAUAAAUAUUAAUUUAGAACACUUCUGAGCACAAGUGAGAGAGAGAGAAAUACUAUAAUAGCAUUCUUGAGAAAAUUGAACUCGACAAUUUUUUGGAACAAUUUUAUCCUAAGGAAGGUGUAGACAUUCAUGUCAAUACCAAAAGUAUUUCUUUCCAUUUACUCAACAUGCUCUUAUGUUCCUAAAAUUUUCUUCCUUAGCUUUUCCCUAAUGUGCAAUGUUCUUUCAGUGUCCUUAAGAUCCAAGAUCUCCUUCAUGGUUAAGUACUUUUCCACAGGCAUAAUGUUUCCUCUGUCAAUUUUUGUUCCAUUCUUCAAAGUAUCCAGUAUCUUUAUUGCAUAAGAAACAGACUUAAUACAGAUUUUAAACACUGGAGACAGCUCCAUGUGCCAUAGGCUAAUCAUACUCA